AUGUACGCUAGUAAACAAACUUUCAUCUUUUUCGUGAUACUAUUUAUUAAAGAAGCUCAAUCGUCGUUUUGGAACGAAAUACCAUCACACUGUAUCUAUGAUCGAACUGCAUUAUUCUUUUGUUGGAACACGACAUUUACUCAUUCUAUACCAUUAUUCAAUGAUUUAGCAUAUACACUUCAAAAUCACCAUGUUGGAAUUCGUGAUUCAUAUUUUCAGUUAUCUCUACGUGAUUUAUUAGUUCAAGUGGGUUCAUAUAUUGAAAAUUUAACAUUAAUCAAUAAUACAUUUACUUCGUCGGUAGCUGGAUCGAAUUUUGUAUUCGAAGGUGGACUCUUUUUCCGAGUUCUUCAAACAUUGAAUAUUCGCGAUCAACAAGGUGUACAAUGGUCACAAUUAAAUGGAUCAUAUUUUCCUCAGUUAAUUAAACUAGAUUUAUCGUACAAUCAACUUACUAAUAAACGAAAACUUAUAUUCGAUCGUCAGUUUUAUCCGAAGCUCAGCUAUCUCAAUUUAUCGCACAAUCAACUUACAUCUAUAAAUAAUUUAAAGGGAAAUUGUUUAGCUACUCUUGAAACAUUAAUUUUAUCAUAUAAUCCACUAGAAUCAAUAGUAAACAAACUCAGCGACUAUCCAUCUCUUAUCACUCUGGAUUUAUCCGCUACAAAUAUUAAACAAUUAUUUAGUAUAACAUUACUACCAAAUUUGCAAACACUUAUCUGUCAACAAUGUCGAGAUAUUCCUACAUGGGAAUACGAAGUAUUUCUAUCGAAUUGUUCACAAUUAAAUAAAAAUCAAUUAACGAUUGAUUUAACACGAACAAAUACUAUUUCAAUAAAAUUAUUCAAUCAAUAUAUAAAAUGUAUUAAAAAUUUAAUAUUAAAUGAUCAAAAUUUAGUUGCUUCAAUUUCAACCAAUGAUCUCUUAUUUAGUACAAAUCUUGAAAGCAUUCAAGCUCGAUCUAAUAAUGAUAUUGAAUAUAUUUAUUUAAAUGUUUAUGAUCGUUUAGCACACAUUGAUUUUAGUGAUAAUAUUUAUUUAAAUCGAUUCAUGUUACGUCUUAUGUCGAACUAUACUCAUCUACAACGUUUAAUAAUAUCUCAUACAGCAUUAAAUGACUUUUCUGUUGAAUUCUUUCAUACAAACUUAAAAUUUUUACAUAUCGACGUAAUCGAUUUGAGUCAUAAUCAUUUAGAAACAAUUGAUUUUCUUAAAUAUCUUACAUUUUAUACGUUAGAUCUAAGUUUCAAUCGUUUGAAAAUCAUUGAUAUAAAUCAAAUCCAUUAUCGUAAUGGUAUGUAUGAUUUAUCUCUCAUGAGUUUAUUAAAUAUGUCAUCAAAUGAAAUGGAAUUUAUUAAAAUCAAUUGGAAUAAUGAAUCACCACAUACAAUUGAUUUAUCAGAAAAUAGACUUGAAUCAAUAGAGUUACACGGUCGAACGACUUAUAAACUUCAACUAGCUAAUAAUUCAAGAUUAUCAUUCAAAGAAGCAGCCAUUAAUAUUGAUCUGCCAGUAUUACAGUAUCUUGAUUUAACAUCGAUUAAACUUGAUUCAUUUGAAUAUCUUAUUUAUCUUCAUAAUCUAUCAGAUAUUCAUACAUUAAUUCUUAAUAAUAAUCGUCUAUUGAGCGAACAUCGUACACUUAAUUGGAAUGUAUUUUAUCCUUGGCAUCAAUAUUUAACUCAUCUUUCAUUACAAAAUAUGUCCAUUGAACGAAUCGAUGCUGGUGUUCAUCUAGAUGAUUAUUAUCAUUUAUUAAGCGUCGAUUUCUAUUUAAAUGAACAUCUCAAAUGUGAUUGUACAUUGAAAUCAUUUGUAAAUUGGUUUAAAACUCCACCGCCGCCACUAGUCGACUUUUAUGAACCAUUACAAAAAUCAUUACGUAUUGAUUGUGAUCUAGCCUUGGUUGAUUUAAAUUGCGGCGAUGAUAAUAUGGAUAGACAAAGAUCUUUUGCUGCGUCACAUUCGUCAUUUUUUAGAACAUUUUUUAUGUUAAUUGUAUUUAUAACAAUUUUAUUAAUAACAUUGAAGUUAAUCGAUCGUCGACUUAAACGAACACGUUCAAGAUUCUAUCAACAAGUCUAUACUGAUGGGAACGUCAUAACAUUAAAUGAACGGCAUGCUACUCAUAAAACGGAACCAGAAUAA